AUGGGAUUCAAACGCCGUCGCGAACACUACAACGUCGACACCAAGCUCGUAGAGAUCUAUGAAGAUCUCGCCAGCGAGAAGGAUGAGAUCCGUCUCAAGGCUGCCCAGAACCUGAUCUCGCAAUUUACCCCGGACAAGGAACCUACCGAUGAGCAGAUCAAGAAGGUUCUCCAGCGACUGUUCCGCGGUCUCUGCAGUAGCCGUAAGGCUGCUCGUGUUGGAUUCUCGGUUGCGCUCACCGAGCUCUUGACUCAGAUCUUCUCUGUUAAGCGCGAGGAUGCGGAGUUCCAAUUUGAGGAUGUGCUGAAGCUUUGGGAGUCGCUUUCUCAUUCUGCGGGUAGUGAGUCGGGACAGGAACAACGCGAUCACCACUUUGGCCGCCUCUUCGGCGCCGAAGCCCUCAUCAAAUCCGGCGUCCUAUUCCUCCCCAUCACCCCCUUCACACAAUGGACCCAGGUCCUGGAUCUGCUUUUCGAGCUCGCCCAGAAGAAGUCCUGGCUUCGGGAGGAGUGUGGUUGGGUUCUGUACCGCUGCGUGUACGAUCUCUCUGCACGACAGAUGGACGCUAAGUACCUGGAAGCUGCCAUUGAGCGCCUGUGCUCGUAUGACCUUGCCCGCUCCCCGGAGGGUAUUGCCGUUUGGCUCGCUGCGAAGGACAUGUUCCCCAAGGCCGAGUACCCCGCCAAGGUUUGGAAACACGAUGACCCGCUUGACACGAAGGAGCGCAACAGUCUAUCGAAGAUUAUGAAGGAGUCUUCUGCGGAGGAGGCGGAUGGGCAGAAGAGCAGCAAGUCUUCUGGUGUUUGGAACGCCAAGCUGCACUUUGCCUGGGAUGCGGUUCUUUCUCGAACUAGCGAUGGCAGCUCCAAGUCUUCCAAGAGCUCCAAGUCUGGCCGUUUGAGCUUUGCGGAUUUCUGGACUGAGGUUGUUGACAACGGUCUGUUUGCCUCGGCCUCUUCUGAGGAACGCAAGUUCUGGGGUUUCCUUCUUUUCAACAAAGUCCUCAAUGAGGGCUCGCCUCAGCAAGCGUCUCAGGUCUUCACUAAGAACCUCGUUCGCUGCUUGAUGAACCAGCUUGCCGUUGAAGACCGUUACCUACACCGCAUGGCCGUCAAGACUUCCAAGGCCAUGCAAGCCCGCGUUUCCAAGGACCCUAGCUUUGCUGCCCCUGCUGUCCAGGGCUUGAUGGGAACCGGCGGUGCCGUUCUCUUCGACCAAGUCACCAAGACUAAGACCGUGGAGAAGAUCGUGGCCGAUGCCAGCCCAGACGCGCUGAAGGAAAUUGUCCCAUUAUUCGAGCAACUCAUCAGCAAACCCGGUGCCGGCGAUGACAAGAGCGCCGCAGCCGACCGCCAAUUCGUUGCUGGUCUCCUCCUAUCCAUCGUGCGCGCGAAGGCUGCUACCGGUAACAAUGACUCGGAGGAGGACUUCGAGUCUGUCCUCGAGCAGAUCCUGUUCAUCUUUGUACGAUUCGCCUACUUCACAGAUAAGAAUGCCUCGUCGGCGCCGGAGCCGGCCGUGUCAGAGGCGACUCAGGAAAUGCUGCGCAACAGGGUUUCCUCUUCUCUGAACAGUCUCCUCGCGUCGCAGAAAUACGCCUCAACAAUUCCCUACGCUGUUGUCAAGCAGAUUCGCGACGGCGCAAAGUCCGGCGAGUUUGGAAAGUUCAUCAUCAACAUCGAUGAUAAGUUGCAGGAGUCUGUUAAGACUGCCUUCAAGUCUCUGAAGAAGCUUUCCAGCAAGGAGAAGAAGGGCGAGGCCUCGAGCAUGGCCGCUUUCAAGCUACUCUACUCCAUGACGGUUCUGCAGGUGUAUAACGGAGACGCCGAUGCUGUGUCCAUGCUGGAUGAGUUGGAGCUCUGCUACACUCAGUUCCUAGGCGAUGAAGCCUCUAAGAAGAACAAGAAGAGGGAUACCUCAGAUGCCUCGGAUGCGCUGGUCGAAAUCCUGCUGAGCUUCGCGUCCAAGCAGUCGCAGCUCUUCCGCCGUAUGAGUGAGCAGGUUUUUGGUGCCUUUGCCGAUCAAGUUACUGAGAACGGCUUGGAGUCUUUGAUCUCGAUCCUGGAAGCCAAGGAAAGUCUGGCUGGCCAGCAAGAAAUGUUCGACCAAGACGAUGACGACGACGUCGAAGAAGACGAAGAAUCCGGCUCAGACGCAGAAAUGAUGGAUGUCGACGGCGAAGAAGACAGCGACGUCGAAGUCAUCGAAGCCGGUGACGCCGACUCCGAUUCCGACUCCGACGACGAAGAAGAAGAAGAGGAAGAGGAAGAAGAAGACGCCGCCGAAGUCGCCGCCUUCGAAGCCAAGCUCGCCGCCGCCCUCGGCACCCACCGCGCAGACCAAGAUCUAAACGCCAACGACUCAGAAGAAGACUCAGACAUGGACGACGACGAAAUGGAACAAGUCGACGCCCAAUUAGCCAACGUCUUCCGCGCCCGCCGUGACGCUGUCUCUCAACAAAAAGACAAGAAAGACGCAAAGUCCAACAUGGUCAACUUCAAAAACCGCGUCCUGGACCUGCUAGAGAUCUUCGUCAAGAAAUCUCACUCCCGCCUGCUGACUCUGGAUCUCCUCCUCCCCUUACUCCGUCUCACCCGCCGCUCGACCGUCAAGCAAAUCGCCAACAAGGCCAACUCAGUGCUGCGCGAGUACACGAAGCUAUGCAAGGGUUCCGCAGUGCCGAAGAUCGCCGCCGACGACGAAGAUGCCGAGGAAGGCGUCGAGGCUAUCUGGGAAUUACUCCGGAGUAUCCACAAAGAAGCUGGACACAGUGGACCGCCUGCGCAUGCGACGGCUGUUAGUCAGGCUUCGCUGUUGGUGGUGAAAGUACUUGUUGCGCAUGAUAAGGGUCUUGUUGCGGGUGCUGUGGAUGUUUAUGGGGAGACAAGGAAGGAUAUGCUUCUGAGUACUAAGUCGCAUGUUCAGCCUUCUUUCUUUACGGAUUGGAAUAACUGGUGUGUUUCUGCCAGUAAGCAGUUGAAGAAUUAG